AUGUCUGACAAAGACACUAUCUUGACGGUCUGGGAUAGCACUGUGACCAACAGUCUUGAUACGGAAGAAUGCCGUUCCAAUAGCUACGCACCAAACGAGAUGAUCAUUGAGCCGAUCAUCUCAGUUACUGUGGAAGAAAUCAAUCGAGAACGACUUGCAGCAAAGGUUAGCAAACUGAAGAGCAUCUAA